AUGACUUACUUGCAAACAAUCGAUACCACUGUUGAAACUGGAAUUCUUUUGGCAAGAGAAGAAGAGAGGAAGCCCAAUCUUUCGAAGAAGACUACUGCUGGUUCUUCUGAGAAACAAGUCAAGGAAUCUAAAUCUAUGAAGAUUCCGAAGACGUUACCGAUUAUAGAAGCAGAGCCAACAAAACCCAAAGUUUCAAUUGCUGUUACACCAUCAACUCAAAAAGAAAUCAUUCCUUCGAAUACUAGUGUUACUCAUCAAGGACUUCUAUUUUGUGAGAUUCCUGCACCUGCUUCACCAUCUUCAACGAAACAAAGGGCAACUGAUAUGGCCAAACAUAUUUCUAAGAAGAAGAAGAAGAAGAAAAGAAAAAUGAUCAUCUGUUCUGAGUCUACUGCUGAUGAAGAUGAAACAAUUCCAGAAACUCCAAAAGCCGAUCUUCACAAAGAAUCUUCUACUCCUGCACCAACAGAUGUUAUACCACCUGAAGAGUCGGUUGCCAAGUCAGUUUUUGAGGAGGCACGAACUUCUGACAUUCUUGUAAACGUAUCUAAUUCGGAUGCAAAUGUUAUCAUGGGUGAGGAUGCUUCGCAUAAAGCUGACCAAGAAGGUUUUAGAGGGACGUUUGAAAAUUUGGAGUUUGAUGAAGAAGAAACUGAUUUCCCAGAUCACAUGCUAAUGACCAUGAAGCAGUUCAAGAUAUUGAAUACAAAGUUCAAUUCUAUUCUUCAAUCACAGGCAGAUCUUGGGGGAGGUAAUUCAGUAACCAGUUUAGAAGUUGAUGGUACUAGCGAGGAUCGUGGAAAGGCGCCGGCGUGA